AUGAGUUGCUUCUCCGAGAUACAAUUCAGCUGGUGCGAGUACAGCCAGACGGACCCGAACGCAGCGCCGAACUGUCCUGAGUACGUUUUCUCCAUCGCUGGAUUUCAGAGAAAGCUGGAUAGUCACUACAAUUCUGGGGGCCGACCACCAUUGUUGGAGGCCUUCUUCUUGAUGCGGCUCCACCAGGACUACAAGCAGGGCUUAGUGGAUGCUGAUUGCCCGAAUCCACUAAUCCUUGCUCUGCUGCUUGUGAGCGAGGUCCAGCUGCAAGCGCCGCCAUGGUAUGACUUGGACCGGGCCUUCGCGCUUCUCAGAAACCCUGGCGAUGAUGUGAUGUACGACUUUGCACAGGCCAUCUCCGAAGAAGGACGCUCCCUGCACGAUGUGGGCCUUCGGCUCGCAAAGGAGGCCUCACCAUUCCAGCAACACCUCAUGGCAUCGGCACCAGCUGCUUGGCCGCUGCGCAAAGCUCUGAAGCGGGUGCAGGCAGCCCAAGACAGGCUCAGCGACGCAGUGCCAGCAGUGCUUGCACAAGCAACGCUCGGCGGCGCGCCCUCAGCCUGUGCCACCGCGCUUUCAGGGGUCACAGGAACCUCUCUGCCGUCGGCGGGCAGCUUCAACACAGCAUGUUGGGACGGUCCCGCUGCCAGUUCUGCAAGGCUGGACUUUGUGGUAGCGCACUGCAGAGAGCCGCUGGAUUGGCUACACACCAAGCUCACAAAGAUGCCUCCAGGCUCCAGGCUCUUCCUUUACGAGAAGUGCGGGGCUUGGACGGACCCGGCUUCCUUCGCAGCUGGGCCGUUUCAAGCAGUGCGUGUGAUCGCGCGGCCAGACAUAGGAGCAGCCCGAGGCGACGAGUGCUCGGCGUACUUGACCCAUAUCCUUGCAAACUACCAGCAACUGGCGGACUUUAUGAUUUUCCUCCAGAGUGAUCCGAUGGAUCACUUGCACAUGGACUUCAUGGACUUGGUGCUGAGGAGCAUCGCGGCCGGCACCUAUGAUGUUGGCUUUCUUCCCUUGAAUGGUCCUCGCCACGUGCGGACGCUCACACCAUGCCUGCAAGCGGUUCACGAAGAGAUCUUCGGUGAGAACCUCACAGCCCUUGUAGGGCCCUACUGCUGUGCCCAGUUUGCAGUGUCCCGGGAGACGGUCCAGCAGCGCAGCCUGGACUUCUUUUCCCGUAUGUUGAGCUUGGUUGAUGGCUCGCGCGAUGUGGAUCUAUGCGGCGUGGAGGGCACAAAGCGGAGUACGCAGUGCUACGGUUUCGAGUUCCUCUGGCAUGUGGUCUUUGGUGAGGAGGUCGACCCACCCAGCCGAGAAGACGACAUGCGCCUGCCGGUGUCACUGCGCCUGAAGCACGGCAAGGAGCAUUCUCGGCUAAACUGGAUUGGAAUGCCUCUUGCCCGCGACAUCCCACUGAAGCUGGUGCCAGAUCACGAGCAUGGCAACCCCAUGUUUGCAGAAGAAAAGGGGGAUCAUCUGCAUCACAUGGACCUCAUCACGAAACAUUUGGACUGUGAGGUAGCUGAUGGUGUGUCCCCGUGGACCGAACUGCGGCAACUCACGCAAGAGCACCUGAACCUUGCCGGUGUGAAGGUGCCUUCCUCGCUGCUCCUCGUGGUCCGGCGUCUGCUGCGGAUUUGGACACCCUUGGCACUGCUGAGGGCGCGGCAAGAGCUCUCCGCACCACUGACUGGCAGAGCACCGGCGCCGGAGACUUCCUGCAUCUAUGGGGUCAUGACUGCCAACUUCUGGCACUGCUUCGAUAUCUCGUCAGAGGCUUCCUCGCUCAGAGUUGAGCGAUGCCUGAAGCGCAUCACGCGGGGUCCUCUUGUGAACAUGGACACUCGAGAGAACUGGGGUCCCUUGGAAUUCUCCCAGAGCUCGCGCUGGCCGCUGCAUCUUCUGGACGUGAGGCUGGUUCAGGAUCAGUGGACCGCUUGCAGUGAGUCCGGCCUGUCCGCGUCCUCGUGCCCAGCUGUCGGGCUCCCGAAACUUCGUCUGUUGCAUGGUCUGGCAUCGGAGGGUAUUUCCAUGCCGACACCUCCAUCAAAGCUCGUGCUCCAGCACCUGGAUCUCUCAGCAAGAGAUCUGACGACUCCCUUGCAUGCUGUCAAGACGAGGUUCGGCACAAAGACUUUUCGCAUGGUUGUUAUCGGCUCUCACAUGGGCAGCAACAUGGAGCCUUUGUCCAUGGUCGAGGCAUGCUUUGCUCAGGCAGGAGUGCCACUGGCUUCUACCGUGUUGGGCACCACGUACCCCUUUCCAGAGAUCAUGUGCGAGUCAUUUGGCCAUUGUGAAGAAAAUCGUCACAUUGACGCUGCGGUGCGUCUUCUGGUCCAGCAGAUGUAUCGCCCAAGUUGGGAACCUCAGCAUCUCCUCAACUUGCUGCAUGCAGGCUUGAGAGAUCCCAGUUUCGGAGACCCGGAUCUUUUUCUCUGUGCGCAGCCGAUGGCCUUGUGCUCCUUCCUUCGCAGCCUCACCAGCCAGCCCAUGUUGCUCUACCAAGCCUUCCCGCUGGUCGGUGCCACGCCAGAAGCCUUCCGACACCUGCUGCUCGUGCAGCUGCGAGAGGUGCAGGUGGCGAAUGCGAGACGUUCCAGACUUGUCGCGUACAGCGAGUUCCUGGCACGGCAGGUGCAGCGCCAGACUGGGCAGAGGCCUCUCUGCCUAAGGCCCCACUCCUUGUAUGCUCGGACCUCCACGUAUGACCCCGACACGCGGAAUCCAAGAGUCUUGCUCGGAAGAAUGGCUGGCUGGGCCAGGGACGGUGCUGGAGCAAUGGUCCAUCUGAUGGAGGCCUUCGCACAGGACAUGCUGCGGCCUGAUACUUCUUUACGGCUUGUAUUCCUUGGCCUCAGUCGCGAAGCAUCAGAGACCGUGGCUGGGAUAGCCAGACCUUUCAGCUACCACGAGCUCCGCCGUUUCCGGGCAGCCGUGUACUUUCCUUGGGAUAUGGGAAUGCUGCUGUUCAGUGAGCUUUACGCCAUUGGAGUUCCGACCUUUCUGCCUGACAAAGCCUGGGUGGUGUCGAUCAUCAAGAGAAUGCUGGAGUACACUGAUUUUGGGUGGUGGCAGGCUCGAGAGGAGGGUUCCUCCGUAGCCUUGCCAUCUGAUUCCAACGUUACCUUGGACUGGCCGUGGUUCGGGGAGAACUCUACCAUGGCACAUCUUCUCUCGUUAUACGGCCUGACGGAUUUUGCUCGCUGGCCGUAUGUGACGACCUUUCCCAGCCUUGCCCGCCUGAUGGCUUCGCUUCGAACUGCAGAUUUCGAUGCGACGAGCAGGCUGAUGCUGCGAUGGAAUGAGGCAAGCCUGCCGCUGUCACUGAACAUUCUGGGACGCACAUUGACGGCCAUGUUGGACAACACAUCUGAUCCACCAGAUGUGGACGAGUCAAGCUGUGUGUGA